UGUUACAGAUGACACACCUCCAGCGGCACCGGUUGGAGUCAGUGAGUGACCACAGUGGUCCGUCCAGCUCGUCGAGCAAAUCGGACAGCUCGGACGGUUCGGCCUCGGAGAUAUGCGAGGUAAUGCAGGAGUGGUCCCUGGACGGUAGUGACCCACAGUCACAUCCGAUGCAGCUGCACCAUCCGAACCUACUCCAUCAUCAGCAUCAUCACCACCAUCACCAUCAUCAUCACCAACAUCAGCACAACAACCAUCAUCGCCAUCAGCCCCAGCACCGUACGCUUCUUACGACUCACGAACAUCAACAUCAUCUUCAGCAUCAGCAGCAGCCACCAAAGCAGCAGCUCAGCUCACCCAACUCGAGCUACACCCAGGAGGACGUUGACGAGCAGGACGUUGACGAUCUCGAGUACAGCAAGCACGACCUCAUCAGCCUGGACAACGGCAUCAUCACGGACUACGAGCGGGCACAGGUCGAGAGCUUCUUCAGUGGACUCGGUACCGAGGUGUACGUCAGCUCAUCGUUGGCCAAUCUGUACGAGCGCGUCGGCAAGGAGGACUGGCGUUUAGUGUUUACCGGGAUUCCGGUACUUCUCCACGACAAGGGCAGCACACGGUCACGCUGCACACCGAGGGUGUCGUUCGUGUUGGCCGAGCGUGGUACGUGCUUUGCCCUCUGGAAGGACACCAUCGACAACCUGUCCGACUAUAAGGUGGCAGCGGCCGCCUUCCAUACAAUGUGUCUAUCGGCAGAUCAUCGGAAAGUGAUCGGGUUCAGCUUCGACUCGAAUCAAGCCGCCAGAGAGAUGUGGGUCCGGGUCGAGGAGCUGACGAGCAAUCCGGAAAACAUUGCCCUAUCGGCACCGGGCCGUAAGCGCAAAACGCAGAAGCGUGCCAAACCGAUCGUGUUGCCACCGAAGUCACAAAUUUCGCAACCGUGCCAGUUCAAUCACGUUACUAGCGUUACGACCGGUGACACGCAGCGUUACUUCAGUCUGCAGGCGUUCGUUUCGGCACCGGUAAAGCAUCGAAGUCCUUAGAGAGAAA